CCGCCGGGAUGGGAGCUCUCCGCGGGCCCGCGAGCGCGCUGCCGGAUCCGCGCAUCUUGCUGUGCGUGCUCGUCCUGAGAGUGUCUGUCGGAGCCGCGGUGCCCCUGCCGGGCGGUGAACCUGGCUGCGGCCUGGACGAGUACCAGCCGGACGGUCUCGAGCGCUGCUGCAAGAAGUGUCCUGCUGGCUCUCACGUCAGCAGACACUGUGGUGUAAACCAUGGUGUUCCGCUGUGUAGCCAGUGUGAACCCGGAACCUUCCUCGCCCACCGAAACGGGCAGCCCAGCUGCCAGCCGUGCACUGCAUGUCGGGCAGACCAGGAGGUGGUGGCAGCCUGCACACAGACCAGCGACCGGCAGUGUCAGUGCAAGACGGGGAACUUCUACUGCGACUCACUGAACUGUGCGGAGAAUUGCUUCCGGUGUAACAGAUGUGCUGGUGCUGUCAUUCGGCCCUGCAAUGCCACACACGAUACGGUCUGUGACUCGGACGCUGGUGCAGACACACCAGGAAAAAUAACACCCAAGGAUGUGUCCGCCCAUUGGUCCAAAAUAGUCGCUGUCGUUUUCGGGAUCUUUUCCUUCAUCAUCAUCAUCAUCGGUGUCUUCUUUGGCGUCUUCUAUUACUUCUGUAAAAGGAAAGGUUUGUGGCCUCGGUGGCGUUUCACCAGCAUCUGCAGAGGAACGGCAGACGGGCCAGGCAGCACUACUCGCCCUUGGCACAGUGACUCUUUGGUGCCCUUGAAUUCUGAGAACGAGCAGCCAGCCGCUGACGUGGAAGCGUCCUCGUCGGGAGCCAGGCUGGAGAGGGAGGGCUCAGCCUCGCCGCCCACGGCCGCGCCCCACCCAGCACCCUCCGAGGAGCCGGCGGAGGCCACCGAACCGUUGCAGGGGGCAGUUGGGGGGAGCCCUGUGAUACCACAGCAGGCGCUCCAGAGUGUGGACCCGAUGGCCCCUGGGCUCCCCACCCUCAGGAACCUGGAGCAGGAAUACGAAGCUAAGUAUUUUGUGAGGGACCCGUCCCGCGAAGCCCAGAUCUAUUAUAAGUUUGAAAGCAGCAUCUCUGAUAGAGACUGGAAACCAUUCAUGAGGUUCCUCGGACUCGGGGACAGUGACAUCGACAACUGUGAGAGCCAGUACCCCGGCGACGUGAUGGAACAGCACCACCAGAUGCUGCGCGUGUGGAGGACCCGCACGGGGAGCGGCGCCUCCGUGUUCGGGCUGCUCGCGGCCCUCCAUAAGAUGCAGCUGCGGAUGCCUCUGGAAAAUAUCAUAAACUGGUUACUCGACGAAGGACUCUUGGGCAGGCGUGCGGAGACCUCUGAAUAAACUUGGGGAUCGGGCUAUGCCUGUACCGGCGUCCUGAAUGGGUGUGAUCUGACCUCCGUUCCUAGUUUGUAUUGUACGGAACCUUCUUGAGUUCGGGACAGAAUGGUCCGCACUUCCUAAUAGAUUCGCAGAUUGUUUGCGAUGGGGAGGUCGGGUCUAGGUCCCAGCAAAACUGCUUCCUGCCCGGCAGGACUAGCUGUGGCACCGCCUGUGGCUGAGGUGCUGCGUUUGGGCAGGGUCUGGUGGUCUCCACGGGUCCUGAGCUGGGUGGCCGGGGAGCCGCGGACGGCCCCUCCCUCGGCAGCCCUUUCCCCAGGCACGGGGGCUAGAGUUUUCUGCCCUGAUCAGCUCUUGGGUCUCAGAUCUGGGACAUCCCUGUGACCUAGAAGGGGGUGUGAGUGUGACUGAGGUUCUUCAGUAUAAGCAACUCAGUGGCAGGCACCCUCUACCUAGUUGUUGUUUUAUUUUUAAGUGUAUAUAGUUAAAUUCAGUUAUAAAAAUCAUGAUUCGAUCUUAUGGUGUAUACACCAGAAGUAGUGGUAAUGUUUAUAGCAUUAAAUUUAAAAAUUAGA